AUGCUGCCAACAGUACGAUUGCUCACACGACAAAGACCGUUUCGGCUGACCUUGUACACGGGGGCAGACUGCCAACUAUGCCAAGUGAUGCAGCACGAGAUCAACAAAGCUUCCAAGACAAUACCGAUCGAACUGGCGACGUACAACAUCAGAGACGACUCAUUGCCGGAUGUUCACACGUGGAGACGCAAGUAUCAGUACGAUAUCCCCGUGCUACAUCUCGGCGAGAGAGAGCUUUUUCGACACCGCGUGACAGCAGAGCAGCUGAUACAGAAGCUGCAACGGGAGCCAGAACAGGCAGCAGACGACAAUGCAAGCGAGACAUGA